GUCUUUGUUCUUGUUUCUUUGCCUUCAACCGGCAUCGUACAAUCGAAAUAAACAAAGGAUCGUCGAACACUUUCUUCAGUCAUUCCCUCCCCGUGUCAACGCCACUCACCGACCAAGAAUGGCGUCGUCAAAUGAAACCGUGGAACAUGGCUCAGAACUCCCUUAUACUGACAUGCCGUCUAAAUAUUUGUAUUUCGAAUCAAACACGUACCAGAGGGACUCGAAGAUAUUCAAGGAUAUGCUACGGGAUGCACCGGGGGAGGUUGCCAAUACACUGCGCGAACUCCAUUCAAAGAACGAUAUUGCACGAAUGGCCUUAGCAAAAGAGAUAAGAGAUGUACUACUUGCUGGUCCCACUCGCAUGCAGAUGUCUUCCUUUCUCUCUACUGGCGUGCUCGGUCUUCUAGCAGACUUGGUUUCGGAUAAGACGUCUUAUGUCUUCGGUGUGGAUCCAAAAGCUGCACACAUGGAAGCCUUCUAUCCAAUCUCUAUCUUCAGUUCCAUGUUCAAGAUGGCGAAGUAUCUCCAUACCUAUUUUGAUGAAUGCCAUGGCAAGUAUCGCGAUAUAAUCGAGGACUAUCUGGGGAAGCUACCAAGGUUCUGGAAUCUCUUAUGGGACACAUUAAUCCCGUCUGGUAUGCUAGAAGGUUGUUUUCCAGACCAAAAAGACAAAGUAGACGGCGGUUAUGAUCUUCAAUUGCGAAUGACUCUCGUAACAGUUUGCCAUCAUAGCGCACUACUAUACGAGAAAUUUGUCCACCGGUUACCACCUUUCACUGAACGCCUCGCACACGUCAUGCUCUACUGCUGGCGGGUGAGCCUCGGUCGUCAAACACGUGCUUGCUGCAUGCAAAUCGUAUACAUGUCCAUGCAAUACUGCCUCGUUCUAAAAGACGCAGCCACUCCGGAGCUUUUUCUUUGCGAGGCAGCCCCGAGUGAUGACAUUGUUCAAGAUGUCCUUGAUGGCCUCGUGGCUGUCUUCAUAGACCAUAAGAUUGAACGCGAUUUCGUGACCCAUUCUUUGGUACUCUUUUUCAUGGUGAUGGAACACAGGCCACGCAAUUUUCGGAAGCCACUGGAAUCUAUGGUAGCGAAGUGCAUCAGUGGGUUGACCACCUUGUGUCAACGAGUGCUCUGCCUCGAUGACGAAGAAACCUCUGAUACUGUCAUCAAAAUGACUCUCGCUUCUAUGAACGAAAUGUUAAAUUUUGUCGAGCCAAGUGGUGGACUCGCAAUUCAGAUGAUCAAAUCGGCUGAUUUCCUGCAGAUUGUAACUUACAUACUACCGUCCUGUGUUAAUCGUGGCGAUGAGGAUUUGUUCCAUGCCAUUGCCCAAAUGCUGAAAACCUAUGGUAAUGUGGGUGAAUAUCAACACCGAUUUACCACUUCCACCCAUCUCCGCGACAUCGUUCUGAAGGACUAUGUGAAAACGACGCAUGUUCUUAAGUCACUCGACCGCAGACUUCGUACUGCUCUCUCGAAGAAGGCUUGCAACGCCUGGGACAUUUUCGGUAGUGAAAUGAACAUGGAAAAUCAUCUCAAGCUUUAUACUGAGAGUCAAAUUCGGCCGGGUCUGUUCCCGCCAUCAUGGAAGGCUUGUCACUGGGAUGAAUGUCUUUGUCACAAUAUGCACCCGAGGCAUCCAAUGAAAAUCUGUAAAGGAUGCUGGAACGCACGAUACUGCUGCACUAAAUGCCAGAGACUGGAUUGGACGAAAGGUGGACACAAGGAGGAAUGUCGACGUUACAACUGUAUCUAGUCUUCACGCCAUACUGAUGAAAAAUUUAUGGUCCUGUCUUGUACAUAUGCACUACGAUCAUGAGACGGCGUCCGAAUGUAUCUCAAUAUUCCAGUUACACUGUGGGUUGCAGAUUCCGAGUCAGAUUCUCUUAUAUAGCUCAAGCCUAUAAUACAAAAUGUCUUGUUUGUCCUA